CGGUUGGUUGGAGCGGGGCGGGAGACAGUGCGCGCUGACAGUCAUCGUCCAUCCAUCCAUCCAUCCAUCCGCCGGCGGCAGGUCGGGCUGAGGGGAUCAGCGCUCCUGGUGUCAGCGCAGGUCGUGGGUCGUGGGUCGAGGGUCGUGGGUCGAGGGCGAAGCGGUGGACAGGUUCCAAUCAAAGUGAUGUCCGAAUAAUCCGGAGCGGAUACCGUGCUCAAGUGGAGAUGGGUGCAAACAGUAGCAGCACUGCUGACAUCGCAAGUAAUGAUUACCUUAAGCGUCUUGCUGGUACCGAAUCCAUCUCUGAGAAUGAUCCAUUCUGGAAUCAACUUCUGUCAUUUACUUUCACUACACCUACUAAUGGUGCCGAUACUCGUCUCUUGGAAGAGGCAACACUUCCCAUCUCCAAAUUACUCAUUGAGAACAAUCCUUGUACAGGGAACUUACAAGCUCUUGUUAAGGUCUUCCUCAAUAGAACCAAUGAAUUAAAAAUCUCGGCUGAAUGUCAAGACCAGCUGUUUAUUUGGCAGGCCCAUAAUGCCCUGUUUAUCAUUCGCUGUUUACUGAAAACCUUUGUUAGCCAGAUGCCCGAGGAGGAGCUACUGUUUAACUUUACAUACCAAGAGAGGGCACCAUUGACUUAUGGGUCUGAGCCAGAAGAUCUCCUGGAGGGAUUGAUAUGCAGCCUCGUACAUCUCAUUAUUGAAAUGCCUUUGUUAGAUAUUACAUAUAGCAUUCUACUUGAAUCUGUGACCACACUUUUAGUUCUACUGUCGUACCAACUAUUCCAGAAAGAGAUCAUUCGGGAGAGUGUAAUAUACAAUUAUUUAAUGCAAGGACAAUGCCUUCAGAACACUAGCAGGACUGUCAAAACAUUACUUUACAACUUCAUUCGACAAGAGAAGUGUCCACCUCAAGGAACUCAGAUUUUUGAGCAGACCUCUGUAGGAAAUGGAUUGCUAUAUGGAUUAGCAUCUGGUGUAGCAUCUGGCCUGUGGACGGUUCUUACAAUGGGAGGAGUUGGGAGUAAACCAGCCCCACAAGAGGAAACAUCAUCCCCAUUGGCUAAUCGGAGCCUCUUAUUGCUACUUGUUUUAUCAAAUCUGAGUAGCAUGCCAAACAGACCAAAUCCAUACCGACAGUCAAUAAUGUCCUUCAAGAACACACAAGAUAAUACUGCCAUCCCGUCACCAACCCCCCACUCCUUUCAGAUAAAUUUCAACAGUCUAUACACAGCGUUGUAUGAACAACAGAAAUCUGACCAGGCAACUCUUCUGCUGUACACCUUGUUGCAUCAGAACCCCAAUGUGAGAACGUAUGUUUUGGCCCGCACUGACGUGGAGAAUCUGGUUCUUCCAAUUCUUGAGAUUUUAUAUCAUGUUGAAAAACGAAAUUCUCACCAUGUAUAUAUGGCACUUAUUAUUUUGCUAAUCCUAACUGAGGAAGAUUCAUUCAAUCGCUCUGUUCAUGAAGUGAUACUAAAAAAUAUUACUUGGUAUGCCGAACGUGUCCUGACAGAAAUCUCCUUGGGAAGUCUGCUUAUCCUUGUGGUGAUUAGAACAGUCCAAUACAACAUGACCAGAACCAGGGACAAAUACCUUCACACAAAUUGCUUGGCAGCGUUAGCCAACAUGUCUGCUCAGUUUCGGUCAUUGCAUCAGUAUGCUGCUCAAAGAAUUAUAAGCCUGUUUGCUUUACUUUCGAAGAAGCACAACAAAGUUCUGGAACAGGCCACACAAUCAUUAAGUGGUUCUGUCAAUGCAGAAGAGAAUUCCCCAAUACCCGAUCACGCUCAAGAUCUCACUGUGAUAGAAGAAGUAAUUCGAAUGAUGUUGGAGAUCAUAAAUUCCUGCAUUUCCUCCUCUCUUCAUCACAAUCCCAACCUGGUUUAUGCACUCCUGUACAAACGGGACCUCUUUGAACAAUUCCGCACACACCCUUCCUUCCAGGAUGAUGUGAUGCAGAAUCUCGACAUGGUGAUCAGCUUCUUCAGUCAUCGGCUGGAACAGGCAGGAGCAGACCUGUCGGUAGAACGGGUCCUGGAGGUCAUCAAACAGGGAGCAGUAGCACUGCCCAAAGAUAAACUGAAGAAAUUCCCAGAGCUCAAGUUCAAGUAUGUUGAAGAGGAUCAACCCGAGGAGUUUUUUGUUCCAUACGUUUGGUCAUUGGCUUACAACUCCACCGUCGAAUUAUAUUGGAAUCCACAGCAAGUCCAGCUUUUUACAAUGGAUUCGGGCUGAACACUGUUUCUUAGGAAAAUUGUGGUGGGGAGUGGUAGGGGUAGGGUGGCACAGAUAAUGGUACAAUUGUAUAAGAAAAGCAAGACUCUUUCAUCCCGAUUUUAUGAGCUCUGCAGGAUGUUAAUGUUAUGCACAAGGAAAAGGGAAUUGAGGAUGCAACAUAUAUUGCCAUUCAUGUAUCAGAGUACUGCUUCAAAUGGCUUGAAGCAAAUGAUUAUAAUUGCUAAUGUUUCAAUUUCUUUCAUAGUCAGUAAUAUCAAAAUGAAUCACUUUGCUUGUCUAGGACAAAAAGUGAUAUAUCCCUGCCCAAAUAAUAAAAAUGGGAGGGUGGGGAGGAGGGAAAUGCAAAACAUCCCAUGAAUGCAACACUCACUUUUUUUUUCUAAUUAUAUUCAGAUUACCAAUAUUGUUUUGUUGCUUAUAAUAAUGUUCAAUUAAAAUGUUUUAGAAUUGCAGUCUUCAAGCAAGUUAUUUGUAGAUUAAAAACUGAGCUAGCAUGGGACGCUGUUUUAUUUAAGUUAUAACAAAAGCUUUAAGAAAUGGAUUUGACAAUGAUGCUGGUUCUGGACAAAUUAUGUUUAAUGGCAGUACUGUCCAGCUCAUAUUUUGACUACCAAAUGAGCAAUGAUACUGUCAAUAAACACUUUGUAAACAGAGGUUCUUAAUUGCAUUUUGAAAUGCCUUACGUGCACCAUUAUGAGCAAAGUAUAAAAUAAGAAUGUAAUUUGAUCAAUAUAUUCCUUUAGAAAUGUAUUUUCAGUUGGAAGAUUUAGAUCAAAAUAAAACUUUGAUAUCAUUUGA